UAUAAAUUUACCAAUGUCUGAACACCACGACGUCGAUGCACUCUUUGAAGACGACCCAGGAUCCUUGGAAGAGGUUCUUGAUGAAGACGAUGCGGAGGAUCUCAAGCUGGACGAUGCUGACACCAAAGUUUGGCUAGUAAAGGUUCCUCACUUUUUAGCGAACAAGUGGAAAGAUAUCGAUGAAGAUAAUGUUAAUUUGGGCAGUGUUCGUAUUUAUAACAGACCACCACCUGGUAGAACAACCACUAUCUCACUGGUAUUACCUGAAGACACGGAAGCACAUAUCCCUAGAGAGUAUAGUAUAUCCAUCUUACCUGGCGAAGUUCAAAACAAAUUUGUUUUUACAGAGGAUCCCAACGGUGGUAAAGCGAUCAGUGGUACAGUUCAUCACGAGUGUGCAGCCACCCCAACACAAUUUAAAACUUACAGAAGUAUUAUGAGAAAGCGCGUUUUGGAUGCAGGAACACCACAAAGAUCUGUACAAGUGCUUGGACAAAAUAACCAACCCGUGUUCGUGCCUGGUGCUAGCAGUAGUAUGCCAAGUAGUAGUUUCUCUGAUUUCAUUACAACCAAGAAGCCACGAACCGAUAAGGAGAAGGCAACACGUAUGCCUAGAAACGAAUUGAUGGAUUUGUUGUUUGCAGCAUUCGACAAGUUCCCAUAUUGGUCAUUUAAGGGUAUUGUGGAGCAUACAAACCAGCCUAACCAGUAUUUAAAAGAAGUAUUGGCUGAAAUCUGUAUUCUGAAUAAGAGAGGUCCUUAUGCUGGUAAUUAUCAGUUGAAGCCGGAAUAUAAGCAACGUCUAUCUGCUGCCGAAAGACAAAAUGCCAUCAGUAAAUUACCUGAGGAUGGUUCAUCCAGUGAAGAAGACGAAGAGGAUGUCAUGGAAGAAGUUCGAUUGUAACUCCGGGAUUAUUUAAUUUUUUUUUUUUAAAAACUAAAAGCUCUCCUUUUUUUUUUCUGUCUCUCUUA